AUGAGAUAUUCAUCCAUUGUCAUCUUGGCCAAUUUACUUGGUGCUGGCAUUGCCUAUGCCCAAUACUCCUACAACCCAUCGACAACGCUGCGACCAAUUGCCACAAGAUAUCGAGUUGGCAAUACAUAUGGGCCUACCGGGACUCCAUGUGCAGGAAAUACACCCAAUGACAGAUCUGUCUGGUGCAACCACAGCAUCGACACAGACUAUGAAAAUAUCGUCCCGGAUACAGGUGUUACGCGCGAGUACUGGUUUGAGGUCGAAGAAGUCACAAUCUCUCCCGACGGAUUCAUGACUCCACGUCCAGCCAUGACCAUCAAUGGCACUUUGCCUGGCCCGCCUCUUAUUGCAGACUGGGGUGACUGGGUGAUCGUGCAUGUAACCAACCAUCUGAACCAUGCAAUGAAUGGCUCAAGCAUUCACUGGCACGGUAUUCGUCAGAACUACACAAACCCAAAUGAUGGUGUUCCUUCGGUCACCCAGUGUCCCAUUGCCCCCGGCUCGACUAUGACCUAUAAAUGGCGAGCUGGCCAGUAUGGAUCCUCGUGGUAUCACUCUCAUAUUGGUCUGCAAGCGUGGGAAGGUGUAUAUGGUGCUAUUAUUAUCAAUGGACCAGCAACUGCAAAUUAUGAUGUGGACAAGGGCGCAUUGUUCCUGGGUGAUUGGACACAUGAAACUGUGGAUCAAGUGCACCAAGAUGUCCAACUACGCGGCCCUGUCAGAAAGUUGUCAAAUGGACUCAUCAAUGGUAAGAAUGUCUAUGGAAACGGUACAAAUACUACUGGGUCGCCUUUCCACAUGAAAGUGGAAAAAGGCAAAUCCUACCGUUUGCGACUCGUGAACCCUGCUAUCGACACGCAUUGGAAGUUCACUAUUGACAACCACACAAUGACCGUCAUUGCAAUAGAUCUUGUCCCUAUAAAGCCAUUUGCCACGAAUGUCAUCAGCAUUGGAAUGGGUCAACGCUAUGAUGUUAUCAUCACAGCCAACCAGGAAUCCGUAGCUGAGUCCUUCUGGAUGAGAGCUAUACCAGCGGAUAGAUGCUCCCAAAACGAAAUGGCCGGCAACAUCCGGGGCAUCGUCUACUACGGCAACAGGCCCAAACAACCGCGCACGCAGUCAUUUCCUUUCACCAACGUAUGCGAAGACGAACUUUUGACGAAUCUAGUUCCGCACAUCCCAAAAAACGUCGAUCCACCAGUUUCACCAGUUUGGGAUAAGAACGUAACAGUCAGCAAUACGAGGAACGCACAGAAUUUCUUCCGCUGGCGGUUCAACUCCACCUCGAUGAACGUGAGCUGGGAGAACCCGACCCUAAUGCAAAUCUAUCACAACGAUCUAGGCUUCUCCAAUUCAAGCGGCGUGAUUGAGUUGCCCUUCAAGGAUAAAUGGGUAUAUCUCUUCAUCCAAAACACCCUCGUCACUCAUCCCAUCCACCUUCACGGCCACGACUUCUCUAUCCUAGCGCAGGGACAGCCUGGGCCUGGGAAGCCACAGUGGGAUGGUUCUAUCAUUACGCAGAAUCCCCCGCGUCGAGAUACGGCCGUGCUGGCUGGGAGUGGGUGGCUACUUAUUGCUUUCCAGACGAAUAACCCCGGCGCGUGGUUGAUGCACUGUCAUAUUGGAUGGCAUGUUGACGAGGGUCUGGCGUUACAGUUUAUUGAGCGGCAAGAUGAGAUUCGGGAUCUCGUUGAUUAUACUCCGUUUAAUGAGAAUUGUGCUGCGUGGGAUAAAUAUAUCAAGACGAAGAAUAUUGUGCAGGAAGACUCGGGGGUUUGA